CCCUCAAACUCAAACCCUAGCAAGCGGGGCCGCCUCUCUCUCUCUCUCUUCCUCUCCAUCUCCAUCUCCUUCAAUUCGAACCCUAAACCCAUCUUCCAUCCUAAGAAUCAAAUCAAAAUGGCUUUUGCUGCUAGAAUCGGUAGCCUCCUAAAACAAAGCAUAUCCCAAAACAUUAUUGCUUCAAAUGGGCAUGGUUCUUUACCGUCCAUGUACAAUUCUCUCAGGUGUAUGUCUGGAGGAUCAAACCUGUUUGUCGGAAGUCUUUCAUAUUCGACUGAUGAUUAUUCUCUAAAGGAAGCAUUCUCCACUUUCGGUGAAGUUCUUGAAGCUAAAGUUAUCACUGACAGAGAAAAUGGGAAAUCAAGGGGAUUUGGAUUUGUUAAUUAUAGUUCCGAGGAGAGUGCCAGUGCAGCUAUAACUGGGAUGGAUGGCAAGGAACUUGCUGGGAGGACUAUUCAUGUCAGCUAUGCUAACCAAAGACCUCCUCGCGGUGGUGGUGGCUACGGAGGCGGCGGUGGCAGCUGGUGAAGGUUUCACUAAAGUGGUUGUGGAAAUUAGAAAUCAAAACUAUGAGAAAUGGGUCAGGUUUUUUUUUUUUGGUAUGAAUCUUUAGCGGUUAGAUUUAAUUUUCUAUAAAUUACUUUUGUGCAUACUCCAAUCUCUAAUCGGAUUAGACUAUUUCUGGUUGCAUUACUUAAUUUUAAUAUCUGGAUUAAGGCUCAGUCUUGAAAUAAAUUUUGCCUGCCAGGAAGUGUUGAACU